AAGAAAAACGGGAGUUUGGAACUCACUGUGGCCGGAGAAGACGACCCGCCGGCGAAACUCCGGCGAAGCUCCGUUCAGGGGUUUUUAAAGGAUCUUGUUCUCAACAAGGAAAUUCGUUGAGGUGCUCGAGGUAGCAAGUGUGGUCUUAGCAACUGAGGUAAGGGUAAGGCUAAGCAGUGAGAAUGAAGAGCUCGAGGCGUGGACCGCAUGUUAGGGGGCUGGCACAGUAUUUUGCUUUUAAUGUUUUUUUUACUGCUAAACAUUUUGGAACUAUUAUUUUGACUUAACUAGUUCUUAUUUAAGUUUACAGUACUAAAAGAAUUUUGUUUUAAACAAUGAGAUCUCAUGCUUGAAUAUUUUUCAAUAAAGAAGUAUUUGUUUGUUUUUAUCUUAUUAAAUUGUUUUAUACGGACUAUCCUAUGUGACAUCUCGGGAAAUCGGGGUGUUACAAUAUGGUAUCAGAGCAAUACGGUCCUAAAGAAUGUGGUUAGCCCUAACAUGUAAAGUUCACCGCCAUGAGACGAGCUCGACUCACUGUACUGUAAGUGGUUAUUACUUAUAAUUAAGUUGCCUUAAAUUUCUGCAUGCGAGAGGGUAACAUUAUUUUCAUGUAAAAUUGAUGAUCAAAAUGAUCUUGAUGUGUAUUGGUUUGUGUGGUUCAGGAGUUUAGAAAUGCCUCCUAGAAGGUCAGUUAGAGUGGGUCGAGGUCGAGGUCGAGGCCAAGGCCAAGGCCGAGAUGAUGGAGGGAUCAAUGAACCACCUCAAGCACCACAGGGAUGGGAAGAGCGCAUUGCCGCACUGGAAGGAAUCAUUCAUAGGCAGGAUGAAGAACUUCGUCAGCUGAGACGUCAACCGGAGCCGCCGGUCCAAAUAAUGCAGGAUACAGAAAAUAGAGACCCACCAGCUGCAGUGGUAUAUCCUGCUACAGAGGCUAGACAUGAGUUGUUAGCAGAGAGAUUUCGAAAACAACACCCACCUGAGUUUGAGGGAGGCAUAGACCCGGUAGUGGCUGAGGAGUGGAUAAGUCGCAUAGAAAGCAUUUUGCAGAUGCUAAGGGUGGAUGGGAAUGACCGAGUGAAGUGUGCAUCUUACAUGCUGAGGAAAGAUGCUCGUAUCUGGUGGGAGGUGGUGGAACAAACAAAGGAUGUAGAUACCAUGAACUGGGACGAUUUCAAAAGGGUCUUUAAUGAGAAGUAUUAUAACUCAGCAGUUCUAGCAGCAAAGGUCGAUGAAUUUACUGGGUUAGUCCAAGGGAGUCUUACUGUGACUGAGUAUGCACAAAAAUUUGAUAGAUUGGCGAAAUUUGCUCCAGAUCUGGUACCUACUGAUAGAGUGCGAGCACAUCGAUUUGUGGAAGGCCUGAAACCAAUGGUUGCUCGAGAUGUGGAAAUUGUGUCAAGGGGUCAAUUCAGUUAUGCUCAAGUUGUCGAAAUGGCUCUUACGGCUGAGCGGAGUGAAAACAAAAUUUGGAAGGAAAAUGCCGCCAGGAGAGAAUCGAAGAAAGGUGGAGCCAAUUCUAAUGACCACAAGAAACGAGGACAGGACCAGUCUGGGCAGCCAAGUGAAGACAAGGGGUACAAAAGUGAUAACGACCAACGAUUUAAUGGCAGCAGUGGGCGAAACAUUCCAGAAUGCCCUAAAUGUACCAAACGUCAUCUCGGCGAGUGUCGCGCAAAAGCAUGCUACAAAUGUGGAAAAGAAGGACACAUCAAACGCAAUUGCCCACUGUGGGGACAGACUGGGAACAGAGCAGAACCCAAGAAAGAUGACAAGUAUGUUCCUAAAUGCCGCAGUUUUUGCCAUCACUCAAGCAGAAGCUGA